CCGAAGCUCGCACUACAACAAGCCUCACUGCCGUCUGCUCCCUCUACCACCACUCCCAGCUCCCCACCGAAACUCUAGGGUUUCCCAACCACCCCCGCAACCGCAAACCCCCACCCAGCCACGACUCGAUCCGAAAACCACCACCCCACCACCACCGGCGAUGUCGACGGCGGCGGCGCAGGGCGGCGAGAAGCCGGCGCUCAGGAAGCCGGUGUUCGUCAAGGUGGACCAGCUCAAGCCGGGCACCAACGGCCACACCCUCAUCGUCAAGGUCGUCAGCGCCAACCCCGUCCCUGGCCGCGUGCGCACUGGUGCGCCCGCCUCCUCCUCCGCCCGCGCCCCCCGCAUCGCGGAGUGCCUCGUGGGCGACGAGACCGGCUCCAUCAUCUUUACUGCCCGCAACGACCAAGAUUAUAUUUUGGAACGGAGGCAGUACAUUUCAGAUGCCAAAACAGCAGAAAGGGAAAGCGCCUUUCUGUGUACAAGGCACUACAAUUUCCCAGCGUUGCGAAUCAGAUUACAAGUUCCUGGUGAACGUUUCCUGCACGACCUGAGACAACCGCCAGGCCCGUUGCCACAAAAUGCGGCGAUCAGUAUCUGCCCACGCAGGCCUCCAGAAGCUCUGGUGCAUAGCGGACGGCUAAAGCGUGCUGAGAAUGUCAAGAGAGGUUGGGGUAGACCGAACCUGACAUGGGAGGAGUCCGUAAAGAGAGAUUUGAAGGAUUGGAGUAUCACGAAAGAACUGGACAGGGGUGCGUGGAAGCUUGCUAGCCAUGUGCCAAAACCAUGAGUUGGUCGCGAGAUCUUAUGGGUUUCACCUCUAGCCCGCCCCAACUUGUUUGGGACUAAAGGCUUUGUUGUUGUUUAUUGUUUGUUUGUUGGCCUGUACAGAAAAUUUAUUAGGUUUCAUUCUGAAGUAAUUAUGAAAACUAAAUAGCAAAAAUAACUGAUGGAUAGUUAAUUAAAAAAGGCUGCAUGCCAAACAAAAGUAGUUCACUACCAUUACCUGCCAUUCUACAGUUCUGCUGGCCAGUGGCCAUCUGCGCAGUUGGAUUGACUUGGACCUUAUAUUGUUUUCCCAAUUUCCGAAACAGCACAACACUCUUUUCCAAUCUUGUAUUGUGCUAUUGUUUAUUUGAAUCCAAGUGAGGGUACUAUAUUUCUAUAUGUGCAGGUGGUGCAUUCUUUUUCAGUGUCCACUUGAGCUAUUAUUUCACCAUAUAUGCAUGAAGUGCAUCUGACAAUAUUUUUGAUACUAGAUCUUCCUUUGUCUCCAUGUCUUCAACUGGAAACAACAGUCUGUCAUACCAUAUUGAUAGUACAAAUUUCUUUUUCCUUUAAUGUCAUGCAUCACAGAGAAAAGCAUCCUAAUAGCUUCACUUCUUUCAUCUGUUAAUUAUAAAUUGCAUGGUGAACUUACAACCCAGUGGCUAUUAUAAGCAGCAGUAGGACUACCACCUUUUGAUGUUAUGCAUGCUAGGAAUCCUGUUUCAGUCAUUUUCAGAUCUUAUACAUCUUCUUAGUUGCUCAUGGUCAUUGAAGAGUAUAGGGGAUGGGGUCAUGAUUCCUACUCUAUUUCAUGAUGAUGCAUGUACUAUGGACUGAUGGUAUGCUCUUCCUGUGCAGUUGACCUGUUGAAGGCUGGUGCUACAGCCAUCUUGCGCAAUGC